AUGUCCGAGGGGCGUGAUUUGCAAGGUUACCGGGGACUUGCAGUUUUAAAGUUGGAGUUUGCAGAGUCGGGGGGCCUGGUCUUCGACCUUCGCGAGACCAAGGCGCAGCAGGUCGUCUACGAGCUGGGCAGAAGGAUGGCGCAGCGGCGCAUCUCUGAGCGCAUCGAUGAUGUCAGGAUCGAUGACGAGGGCGCGGCUUGGCGGAGUGUGUAG